AUGUCCGCUAUUCACGCUAAUCUGUCAGUCGAAAAAGUUGAAGCUUUGAGUCCAGCAGAUUUUAUUAUUUAUUUAAACACCAAGAAAGAGGCGUUAUUUCUUCGUGAUGAUCAUAUUAACGCCCUUGCAAGCCGAGAGCUUUCUGGUUCAAAUUUUCUCAAGUUGACCACGGAAAGGCUUAUUAAUCCUCCUUAUAACUUUCUUGAUGGACCAGCAGAAAGAAUAGUGGAUUUUGUUACUCGAUUAAACGACCAAAGUAACAUCAUUCCGCAAAUUGACGAUUCACAAUAUAAUCUUCGAAAACGUUCACACGAUGAUUCUGAUGAUGAUCGUUAUGAUUCUAACUCAAAUCCACAACUCUCUAGAAGUCAACGAUCAUCUUUCAAUCGAUCAUCUUCCGGUACUUCUGGAAGUCAACAAUCAUCUUCCAAACAAUCAGCUUCUAAACAAUCAUCUUCCAAUACCUCUGGAAAACAAAACAUGAAGGCACAGAAUUUUAACUAUGGGGACUUUAAGUAUAAUAGUAUAUUAAGCGCUGGAGAAAAUAAAAAGGUGCUUGAAUGUGAAUUCCAUGGACAGACAAUUGUCCUAAAGUGCACUGAUUUGUCAAAGAAACCCAAUUGUUUGGAUGAAUUGCUGAACGAAGUUAAAAUUUAUAAAUCUCUUGCUAAACUUCAGGGGAUAUAUAUUCCAGAAUUGUUGUUUUAUGGCGAUUUGGCAAAUGGAAUGAGCUUUGUUAUGGGUAUGUCCAUGGUUGGCACUACGUUAAGUCAUCAUAAGAUAGAUAAAAGGCAAAAGAAGAGGGCUCUCGGAGCAUUAGAUAAAAUUCAUGAUUAUAAGAUUCUUCACAAUGAUAUUCGUGAGGAAAAUAUCCUUGUUGACGAAAAAGGAUAUGUGUAUUUGACCGAUUUUGGAAUGUCAAUUCGAAAUGAUGAUAAAGAGUUGUUUAGUAAAGAGAAGUGUGAGUUAUCCCGUUUAUUAGACUGCUAUAUGUGA